UUGGCAGCGCCUGGCGCGGGCGGCCUUAGCUAUGGCGGACGAGGAGCUGGAGGCGCUGCGGCAGCGGCGACUGGGCGAGAUCAGGGCCGAGCACGGGGAUCCUUCCGCUGAUCCGUCGCAACAGGAAGCAAAACAGAGGGAAGCAGAGAUCAGAAAUACUAUUUUAGCUCAAGUUCUUGAUCAAGCAGCUCGUGCAAGAUUAAGCAAUUUAGCACUUGUGAAACCAGACAAAGCAAAAGCAGUAGAGAAUUAUCUUAUACAGAUGGCAAGAUUUGGACAGCUAGCUGGAAAGGUAUCCGAACAAGGUUUGAUAGAAAUACUUGAAAAAGUGAGUCAGCAAACAGAAAAGAAAACAACAGUGAAGUUCAACAGAAGGAAAGUACUGGAUUCUGAUGAAGAGGAUGAUUAUUAAUACUACUGUAAGGCUGCCAAAAAUAGCCUGGAAAAAUGCUGUUAGCAGGCAGAAUGCAAGAUCUGAAAAUGUUUACGCUUCUUGACUUUUUUUUUAUUAUUAUAAAAGGCCAACAAAUAACUUGUAAAAUAAAUCUGAGAAGGGGGAUUUUGUAACUUAAAGUUUUGUAGUGUAAGAGGCCUGAGCAGUGUGGGGUUCCCCAUGGCUUCAUUAGCAUGAAUGUUUUGUUGCCCCUUCCUCACUGUAAGCUCUGCUUUCAGCCACUGCACACACUUAACUUGCUGUUACGGGAGAUACCAGGCACAGGAGCAAAGUGAGAAACAGGGAACAGCCACUCAGAGUUUAAAGUCUGUCCAGGCUCUGGACAUCUUUCUAACAGAUUCCCAGAAGGACCCUUCCCCUGAAGGGUCCCUGUCAAGUCCUUACUGGAAAUUUAAAAAUGAAGGUAUCCAAAUAGUGUUUAGAUCAGGGGAUUCCUAUCAGGCAGUCUGUGUAAAGAAAUGUUACAGCAAACAGCUGAACUGUUCCCCUGUGAGUUCCUGGGCUCUCUCAAACAAAGCAAGUUAACUGUGUCAUACACAGCACUGUUCAGACACUUGGUAUCGUGUAUUCUUACAACUACCUCCACUUUUAUCAAAUGGCUGGAGUGUGUCUUACCUGGAAAGAAAAACCAUUUUCCUAAACUCUGCAACUCCUGCAUGCAUAAAGUAAAACUGAACUUGUGCUGUACCUUUAUUCAAGAAUAUGGUUAUGGAAAUCAGUAGGAUAAAUACUGUAAUGUGCUGAUAAACUCUCCCACCACAACCCCCUUAUCUGACAUAAUUUAACAGGAUCGUGUACAAUUUCAACUGCAGUGUUUUUUGGAACAGAAUAAACUUGUUUCAAGUGAG